AUGGUCUCUACGGUGGAGUGCAAUCUGGGUGAGCUAUUGCAUGAGAGUCGCAUGAUCUACUUCACCAACGAGCAAGCAUUGCAUUUCUCUGCCGACCGCAUGCCAAAAGUGCGUGAAGCACUCGGUCUUCAGGAACCCAAGCUGCUCAGAUGGGGUUCAAGUUGCAAAAGGCUUUCUGGUAUUUGGAAUGGGCGGCCAAAGUUGAAGGAUUUGUUGCCCACAAAGACCGUUCCUGAGCUGCCUGAGCGGGAAGAGGUGGUAGAGAAGCAGCUGAAUGUUAUCGCACGGGAAGUGCUACUCCCUGUGGCAUUGCAGACGAAGGCAUUGAUUGUUGGGAGGAGCUCGUGUAGCCUUACAAAUGCCUUUGCAGAAGUCAGCGAGCCUAUUCAGAACAGCCUUGGGGAGUCUUGCCCAUUUCAGAUGGUUAUUUUCGAGCAUGCGCAAAAUUUACAUAUGAGCACCGUUCUGAAGCCAGACUGCUUGGAAAGGAAGCUUCAAAGGACCAACGAUGCCUGGAACCAGGCCAACUUCAUUCCAUCCCUUUCGGAUUAUUAUGGUGUGGACCCAGUUCUCUGGCCACGCUACACGCUUGUGGAAGGUGCUGCAGCCUACUUCAUCUUUGAGUGUCUCAAUGACCAGAACCCCCCUCUGCAUGAUCCACGAGCCGCUGUACAGUUUGAAACCAUGUUUCUUUCUUCGCUGCGCAGCUCGUUGCCUGUGCUGGCACUAUGGACGGGUGGCGACAAAAAAGUGCUUAAGUUUGAGGCCUUGAACUACGUGACAAAUGGUAUUCCUCUGAUUCUGCUGGACAGCAGAUGGCUGGAAGAGACAAGGGAGGAACAUGAUGAGAUAGCAGAUAUGCGCUUGGACUCACCUGUCACCUACAGAACAUCGGACAUAGCAAGGGAGAAGGACUGCAGCGAAAACAGCGAGGCUUUGUAUCAGGCUUUCGACAGGCUGACAGCACACGCAAAAGCGUUGAAUGAGAUCGGCUUGUACGACACUCAUAUCGGCUCAGCAAUGGCAUGUGUGCGUGCCGGCAUCCGCAAGAAGGAAAAGAUCAAGCAGCAGCGGAAAGAUCGAAAGCUUUGGCUACAUGAAGCCAUAGUCCAAGCAAUGCUCGAAUCGCAUCACAACAGUGCCCCUACAAACCUACAACACGAUGUCGCCCAUGCAGCAUUAUCCGCAGAAGAUGAGAAGAUCAUCCAAGCAACAGAUUUGUUCAUCGACUAUGUUGCAGAGCAGACAUGGCUGGCUUUCAUGAAGUCAUUACUGGGUUGGGGUGUGCUUUUGGACGUUCUGGCUCCCCACAUCAUCGUGGUUCUGCCAGCUUGGUUCGCCAGCUUCCUUAGGCAAGAGAUCAGGUGUAUGUUGAUCACACCCCUGGACGUGCUAACUACUGCUGAUGAGUCCGUGACCAACACAUCCUUGCUGGAGCUGGCAAUUGGGGCGCUUGGUGCCUGCAGGAAUUGGCAGCAGUUGGAGGCCGAAUGGGCAAAAAGGUGGGUCCAGUUGCAGUAUUAUGCGGUCCUCAACGGAUGGGAUGCAUCGGUGGAUGGAAUCAAGCUCAUGAAGGUCCUCAUGCAGGAGGAUUUCCACGAUGCCGGUGUUUUUCGGGUGCGUCUGAACAGAGAGGAGCUGGAGAAAGCUGGCAUGCCAUACGAGAAAGCACACGUAGCUAUCAAGGAGCAAUUGUCGUCCUGGCUAGCAGAUGUGAAUGAGUUUAACAAACUCAACAAGCAUCCACGGGCAGUCAAGAGCGACAAGAGACUCUGGCUGGCCGCAUAUGAGGUCUUGAAGUCCCCUGACGUUUACAGUUGCAAGCUGAGUGAGCAUCGGAGAUUGAAGAUGAUCAUCCAGACGCUCUCACGGUCCGACAGGCUCCCCGACCAUAGCUCCCUUGAGGGCUUGUUGCUGCUCCGUUGUGCCUGGACCUUGGCUGAUGCGUUUCACGAGAAGGCUACGAGACUGAAAUUUCUGGCCAAGCUCUCCUUUGGGAUGUUGCUUCUGCUGGGUGUCUUGAUCACCUUUGUUACUACCUCCGUAUGGGCGGAGGAUCUUUCGGAGGCGGAGGAGUGCUUCCGCGGCAGAAUCUUUGCUAUCGCAGACUCCGCGCUGGGGCCGAAAGACCAAUUGGCGGACCACCUGCCGACCGACGAAGUCUGUAUUCGGACCGAUGGCGACAAAAACAAGUCCGAAAAGCUGAAGAUGAUGAAUGAAAGGCUGCUAGCGAACAAGCUAACAGUGACACAUCAGCGCCACAUGCAGUAUCCCGAUCUGGCAGGCACUGGGCCGAAAGAGAGGCCAUGUGCUGAUCGAGACAGCUACCAUGCGCCGGCCAGCCCAGAGGAGUACAUUAUUUGGAGGCUGACCCCGUUGCGUGCCUUCUAUGUGCGUCGGAUCCCAAAGGUCCGUCGCACUCGGAUGCUCAUGCAAAUAUUUUUCAUGGCAUCAACGAGCGCCACUGCAGUAUUGGCUGCCGCGAAUCAGACAUCUUGGACACCCAUGGUGGUGGCCAUCUCUGCAUCACUGGCGUCCUGGCAAGAAUUCCGUGGUGUGGACAUGAAAUUGGAACGCUAUGGUGCUGUGAUUGCUGUCCUUCGCAGUCUUCUGCUUUGGUGGCAGACGCUCCCCGAAGCAGACAAGGCCAAGCACCAAAACGGCCAUAAGCGGACAGAGUUCUGCCUGGUUGGGCUCUGUGGGCGUAGUGUCAUAAUCCUCCUCCAUUGGCAGGUAAUUUCUCUGUGCUGA